UCUCGACCUACGAGACCGCAAACGGAAAGUGGCCGCCCAUUGAAAUCUCAGCCACGUCGUUGCCGGAAUCAUCCAACGCCGGUUCCAGUCCAUGUCGGCUGUGUUCCGGAGUCUACGCCUCCUUCCAACGCCAUCGAGUUUCUCGAGCUCAUUGAUAUUGCCUGUCUCCUACAGGACCCGUGCCUUCGGUAAGCCAAAUAGAUCCUUGAGAUGGUCGGAAACCACCCUCGGCAAGAGCGAUCUAUUCGUGUCGAAGAGGGCCAGGUGCUCGGGUGGAGGCGCGAGGUCUGCCGACGUCAGAUGCGUAGCGCCCAAGGAUGGAAGGGUGGUUGGCGUUCCCGACGCCAGAUACACAGGUAUUGAGUGCUUACUGAUGAUGUUCCUCAGAGAUCAUUUCUCUUUCAUUGAAGAUGUUGCUGCAGCAAGAGCUCCUGAGAGCUUGAAUCACUUAUUGAACAUGCUCCAAGCCCGAGGUGAAGCAUUAAUAUCACCUGCAGCCAAGGAAGGGCUGAUUCCUCUUGUUAUUCCACUGUCAGAAAACCCUUCAGGUAAGCUGACUUCUUUGCUAAGAUGGCCAACUUCUCCUCCAGGGAUGGAAAUGCCAGUUGUGGAAGUUCAUAAGCACGGUGUGUGGCUUCUGGCAAAGAGUGUCGAUCAGUACAUCCACAGAAUGCUUGUUGAGGAAGAUGCCAAUGUUGAAAAUACUAGCAAACUGUGGGAUGCAUCUGCUGAAGCUGGGCAAAAGUUAUAUAAAAAGGCUGACCUUUCAGAGUCAGGAAUUGCUGACCUUGAUAUAUAUCUUUUAAAAAAGGUGGGAUUGUUUCCAGAUGUUAUUGAGCGUAAAAUUUCACGCCACUUAGAGACAGGGGAUCAAGUUUCUGCCAUGAUCACCGGAGAAUUCUACACAAAGCAACAUUUCCCGGGAUUUGGACGGCCCUUCGCUUUUAAUGCACAGAUUUUGCUGAAGGUUGGGCGUAAUCUUGAAGCUAAAGAUGCAGCCAGGGGGGCUCUAAAGUCACCAUGGUGGACGCUAGGUUUCAAGUAUCAAGAUGUUGCUGAUAUUGCAGAAUGGGAGGAUGAACAGAUUGAGUACAUCAAAGAAAAAAUAACCGAAGAGGGUCGGAUGGAAGAUCUGAAGAAGGGCAAAGCACCUGAACAGGCGGCAUUGGAUGAAGCAGCAUUUUUGAUGGAUUUGGCCUCAAUUGAUGGGUCGUGGAAUGAAGUUGUCGAUCGUAUUGCAGAGUGUUACAUGGAAGCGGGACUUCAUGAUAUUGCAAAGUUUAUCGCUUUUAGGGAAUAGAUUAUGGAUGCUCUAUUCCUACCCCUUUCUCAGAAUUUCUAAGUUGAAUCUGAGAUGAGAAUGUGCAUGAACCUUCAUCGUGUUACACCUUUUUAUUGAGAAUAAUUGUUAUGCUCUAUUCCUACA